AUGAGGCAGACGCCCCUGCUGCAGCUGGCGUUACUUCUCUCCCUGCCCAGGAACCUGGGGGGGAAAGGGUGUCCAUCUCCGCCCUGCGAGUGUCACCAGGAAGAUGACUUCAGAGUCACCUGCAAGGAUAUUCACCGUAUCCCCAGCCUACCGCCCAGCACGCAGACUCUGAAAUUUAUAGAGACUCAUCUGAAAACCAUUCCCAGUCGUGCAUUUUCAAAUCUGCCCAAUAUUUCCAGGAUCUAUUUGUCAAUAGAUGCAACUCUGCAGCGACUGGAAUCACAUUCCUUCUACAAUUUGAGUAAAAUGACUCACAUAGAGAUUCGGAAUACCAGAAGCUUAACUUACAUUGAUCCUGGUGCCCUAAAAGAGCUCCCCCUCCUGAAGUUCCUUGGCAUUUUCAACACUGGACUUGGAGUAUUCCCUGACCUGACCAAAGUUUAUUCCACUGAUGUAUUCUUUAUACUUGAAAUUACAGACAACCCUUACAUGACGUCCAUCCCUGCGAAUGCUUUUCAGGGACUGUGCAAUGAAACCUUGACACUGAAACUAUACAACAAUGGCUUUACUUCAAUCCAAGGACAUGCUUUCAAUGGCACAAAGCUGGAUGCUGUUUACCUGAACAAGAAUAAGUACUUGACAGCUAUUGACCAAGAUGCAUUUGGAGGAGUAUACAGUGGACCAACCUUGCUGGACGUCUCUUACACCAGUGUCACUGCCCUGCCAUCCAAAGGCCUGGAGCACCUGAAGGAAUUGAUAGCAAGAAACACUUGGACUCUAAAGAAACUUCCACUUACCUUGAGUUUCCUUCACCUCACACGGGCUGACCUUUCUUAUCCAAGCCACUGCUGUGCUUUUAAGAAUCAGAAGAAAAUCAGAGGAAUCCUUGAGUCCUUCAUGUGUAAUGACAGCAGUAUUCGGAACCUGCGUCAGAGAAAAUCUGUGAAUGCUUUGAAUGGUCCCUUCGACCAGGAAUAUGAAGAGUAUCUAGGUGACAGCCAUGCUGGAUACAAGGACAACUCUAAGUUCCAGGAUACUCGCAGCAACUCUCAUUAUUAUGUCUUCUUUGAAGAACAAGACGAGAUCCUUGGUUUUGGCCAGGAGCUUAAAAACCCACAAGAAGAGACCCUACAGGCCUUCGAUAGCCAUUAUGACUACACUGUUUGUGGAGGCAAUGAAGACAUGGUGUGUACUCCCAAGUCAGAUGAGUUCAACCCCUGUGAAGACAUAAUGGGCUACAAGUUCCUGAGAAUUGUGGUGUGGUUUGUUAGUCUGCUGGCUCUCCUGGGCAAUGUCUUUGUCCUGAUCAUCCUCCUUACCAGCCACUACAAACUGACUGUCCCACGCUUUCUCAUGUGCAACUUGGCCUUUGCAGAUUUCUGCAUGGGGAUGUAUCUGCUCCUCAUUGCCUCUGUAGACCUCUACACUCAUUCUGAGUACUACAACCAUGCCAUUGAUUGGCAGACAGGCCCUGGAUGCAAUGCGGCUGGUUUCUUCACUGUCUUUGCCAGUGAAUUGUCAGUGUAUACACUGACAGUCAUCACUCUGGAGCGCUGGUAUGCCAUUACCUUCGCCAUGCGCCUGGACCGGAAGAUGCGCCUCAGGCACGCAUAUGCCAUCAUGGCUGGGGGCUGGGUUUGCUGCUUCCUGCUGGCCCUGCUCCCUUUGGUGGGAAUAAGCAGCUAUGCCAAGGUCAGCAUCUGCCUGCCCAUGGACACUGAGACACCUCUUGCCCUGGCAUAUAUUAUCCUUGUUCUGUUGCUCAACAUAGUCGCCUUUAUCAUUGUCUGCUCCUGUUACGUGAAGAUCUACAUCACAGUCCGAAAUCCCCAGUACAACACCGGGGACAAAGACACCAAAAUUGCGAAAAGGAUGGCUGUGUUGAUCUUCACUGACUUCAUGUGCAUGGCUCCAAUCUCAUUCUAUGCUCUGUCAGCACUUAUGAACAAGCCUCUCAUCACUGUUACCAACUCCAAAAUCUUGCUAGUUCUCUUCUAUCCACUUAACUCCUGUGCCAAUCCAUUUCUCUAUGCUAUUUUCACAAAAACCUUCCAGAGGGAUGUAUUUAUCCUGCUCAGCAAGUUUGGCAUCUGUAAACGCCAGGCUCAGGCAUACCGAGGCCAGAGGGUUUCUCCAAAGAAUAGCACUGGUAUUCAGGUCCAAAAGGUUACCCGGAACAUGAGGCAAAGUCUCCCCAACAUGCAGGAUGACUAUGAACUGCUUGAAAACUCCCAUCUAACCCCAAAUAAGCAGAGCCACAUCUCAAAAGAGUAUAAUCAAACAGUUUUGUAA